CAGGGAACCUGGAAUGGCGGCGGGGAGGUGCUGGAACUCGACCAUGUGGUACGCCUGCCGCUGCGCCUCUCCCUCUCCCUCACGUAACUUGGUUGUCCGCCUCAACGUCGGAUUCCAAGAUAUCGCCGGAAUCGCCCACAACAAAGUGCUCAUCGCUGCUGGUGUGUCGGCGGCCAUCGGCCAGCUGUCCAAGCCAUUCACAUCGCCCGAGGGAGAUGCCAAGCUAUUCGAUUUCAGGGCCGCCAUUCGUUCCGGUGGUUUCCCUUCCACCCACUCCGCCGCAGUUGUGGCUACCGCUACCUCCCUUUCUUUCGAGAGGGGAUUCUCAGAUUCAAUUUUUGGACUCUCGGUUGUGUAUGCUGCACUUGUCAUGUAUGAUUCCCAGGGGGUAAGAAGAGAAGUGGGGAAACAUGCCAGGGUGAUGAAUGAAACUCUGCUGAAGAAAGCACAGGUGAAAUCUCCAUGCGCGGAAAGUGACAGAGUGGGAAAGUCAUCUUCAUCAACCAUGAAUUUGGAUCGAAGCGGCAGGUUUCCAAUGGAUGGAGCUGAAAGGGGCUCCUUUAACUCAAAAAUCACCACUACUCCGUUGAUGCUCAGAGCUGACAACAUAGAGGAGAAACAACUGCAGUUAGGAGUGGGUGAUGAUGGGGACAAUAAAUCUGGUGUCGAUGGAGAGAGUGGAAUAAGGCUGAAAGAAUCGGUUGGGCAUACGGAGGUGGAAGUUUUAGCCGGUGCUAUAUUGGGCUUCGCGGUCAGCAUGGCUGUAAAUACCUUGAUGCAGUAGUUUUUUCUACAGUACCUGCAUUUGUUUUUUCUGUCCUUCCUCUAUGAAUUUGGAAUGGAAACGAGAUUUUAAGUCACAUGAUCAUGUGAGUUCUUGGCAGCAUCUUAAAUUCAUCAUUCUUCUUUAGUGAUUGCAAAACAAUUGCGGAAGUAAUACAAUCUACUCAUUGGGAAAC